ACAUAACCUUAAAAAACCAUCAGAUAAGGUUAUGUUAUUUUCUUAAAUAUUAUUUAAACUUUACAAAAAAAUGUCGUCUAAAAAAAGUAACGAUACAGAACCUAUGGAUGUAACGGAAACAACCAGAGCUAAAAUUGACUUUGAUAGCUUUUCUAAGGAUGGUUAUAAAAUGGCUUCAAAUGGCAUCAGAAAUUCAAAUGCUCUUCCGUCCGGUACAGAUUUUAAUUUCUAUCAAAUAAAUGAAUCGUUUAAAAAAAUUAUGACAGACGAAAGUAAUCGGUUAUUAAAUUUAAUGAAUAACAUCUUAAAAACGUAUAAUAUUAACGACAACAUAAAAACAAAAAGCCCUGAAGAAAAGAUUGAAUUAAUAGUUGAAGGUAACGAUAUGAUUUUGGAACGAGUAGGUGAUAAUAUCGAUGAAAUGAAUGGAAUUAAAAAGAAAAAUCUACAACCGGUUGAAGUACAAAACGUUGUGCAACAUAUACCAAUUAAUGGUGCUUGGAAUAAAACAAAUAAUAAAUUAAUGAAUAUUAAUACAAACUCACCUGCCGAGAAGGCGAAUCUUCCAGUUGCGGUACAUCUCCUAACAGGAAAGAACAUAAUAAGACCACAAACGUAUUUUAAAGACAAAAUUGACAACAGCAAUAAUUAUCCUUGGCAACCAAGAAUCACAGAUAAACCAAAUUCAAUAAAACCACUAGCUUUAUACUUGGAAGAAACUGAAUUUGGUGAAUCUUAUUGUCAUCCGUACGAAAUGGAACUUGAUCAAUUCCAACCUACACCGGAACAAUUACUUAAACAAAAACCCAUUGUUCCUAAAUCCCUUGAAGAUACACCUUUACAUGAAAUCAACACAGUAGAGGAUUUAAAAGAAUUGGUUGAGAAAUUAAGAUCUUAUAAAGUAAUUGCUGUUGAUUUGGAACAUCAUUCUUAUAGGAGUUUUAUGGGAAUUACUUGUUUAAUGCAAAUUUCUACUAUUGAGGAUGAUUAUUUAAUUGAUACACUUUUGUUAAGGGAUGAAUUAUCAAUUUUAAAUGAAAUUUUUACAAGACCAUCUAUUGUAAAAGUUUUUCAUGGAGCUGAUUGUGAUGUUCAAUGGUUACAAAGAGAUUUAUCCUUGUAUGUAGUAAAUAUGUUCGAUACUCACCAAGCUGCUAAACAACUCGGUUAUUCAGCACUUUCUUUAGCUUAUUUAUUACAACGAUUUUGUAAAUUUCAACCUAAUAAACAUUUUCAAUUAGCCGACUGGCGAAUACGACCGUUACCAGAUGAAUUAAAAACUUACGCUCGCGAAGAUACUCAUUAUUUAAUAUAUAUUUAUCAAGUUUUGAAAAAUGAAUUAUUAAAACAGGGUAAUAAAGGUGCAGAUAAUUUGCUUUUGUCUGUUAUUCAAAAAAGUACAGAAGUUUGUAAAAAGAGAUAUUAUAAGCCGAUUUUAAAAGAAGAUAGUUAUUUGGAUUUUUAUAGAAAAUGUAAAAGAAUGUUUGAUAAUCGCCAAUUGUAUGCAUUAAAAUUCUUGUAUAGUUGGCGAGAUAAAUUGGCACGAGAAGAAGAUGAGAGUUUGCAAUACAUUUUACCCAAUCAUAUGUUACUUCAAAUAUCAGAGCUUCUCCCAAAAGAAAUGCAAGGAAUUCUUGCAUGUUGUAACCCAAUUCCACCAUUGGUGAAAUCAAAUUUAUUAGAAAUGCAUCAUAUAAUAUUAAAAGCCAGAGAACAACCUUUAGUAAAACCCAUUAUGAAAGAAAAUACACGCACUUCUGGUAAUGUACAAAAUCACAAAAUCAACACGUCGAAUCCUCUUCAUUGUCCGCAUGAUUGGACGUAUCAACCUGAUUUUAGGGAUGAUUUACCAACCUUAUUAAAUAGUAAAACAGAAUUUGAUUUAGAACAUAAAAAUGAAAAAUUAAAGUUGGAACAAAAACUUAGUAAUCAUUCCACGUUUAAUUCGAAUGAUACGCCGAAUUUGGAUGGUUCAAAAAAGGUGUCUUUAAGGAUUUUAUCACCUUAUGAAAGAUAUAAAUUGGUGAGGCCUUUCGUUGAAACUGAAGAGGCUAAGAAAAAACUUAAGCAAGAUGAAAAAGAGUCGCUAUCUAAAAAAGAACCCACUUAAUUUUUUUGGGUAAUUAUUAUUUUAAAUAUUUUUUAAGUAAGAUAUUGUUUUUUCAAUAAAAAAAGUUUGA